AUGACAGAGACUCAUGUUGAUUUUAUCCCAAUAAGAACAAAUAAGAUACCAAGUGCAACUGCAAGGAUAAAUGCACUGAUCAACUAUCUGUGGAAAAAGAAACAGGAGACAGAUAUCAGCAUAUUCUUAGAAGAGCAAAAGCUCAUUCAACUGCAGUUCCACAUGUCUACAAGGCAAUGCCACCAUAUUAUGCAUAAAGACGGCAUUAAUAUGCUGGCAAAGUUAAGUAGAGAAGUUCAAGAAGAAGAGUUGAGUAGCAUUGAUGAGGCAGAAACCAAUCUACUGAACAAUCUUCGAAUGCAAACAAAUUAUAAAUACUUCGACUUUAAUCACAAUUACUUGAAGCUGUUAAUGAAUAUACUUGAGCUUUAUACAACACUGGAACAGAAUUGCUUGAACAUUAUUUUAAUAGAAAAGCAUCAACAAUUAUAA